AUAAACGAUGAGGUUUGUCCCAGAUGUGCUUGCCUGUAAAUUUGGACAACCUGCACAUACGUGAGAGUGACAGACAAAAAAAAGAAAAAAGAAAGAAACGGCUUGGUAAAGAAGAGAGGGAAAACAGGUUUGCAUAAUGAACAGGGCCGUGAGCAGCAAGAAUUGGCACUCGUCCGAAAGCUAUUCUAAAUAGGAAACACACUAGAAAUGCAUGCUGGAGUAAGGCUGGAAAAUAAGACUCGACGCUGUUGGAUCAAAGGGGAAAUGUAUAACAGAUGACUGGGCCCGCUCCCUCCCUUUCUCAUUCUCGGUCACACGUUAAAUCCAUCUCUACGCUGAAAGCGGUCCAACAGGGGACUACCGCUGGAACAGAAUAGAUCUGAUUUGAAAAGUGCUUUUGACCGUGAGGGAUGGGGCGACGCUGGUGUGCUCUCCAGACCUUUGCAGCUGUCGUUCCAAGCGAGAGAACUGCUGCAACGUCGCACCUCCGCGGAUUGCUAACGAAGUCUGUCAGGACUACAAAGGCAAACAACCUGGAUGGACGCGACCAAAAUACCAGAGCUUCAUCAUAACGGCUUUGUUUGAAUGCAGACACGGAUAAAGUCAGGACACCCGUCACAUACCGUUGCUGAAAGAAGUCCGGGCAUGAUUACGCGAUUUGAGUGGCAUGCAAAACCACUUCGCGCGAUUUUAUGUCGAUGGAAAUCUCUCUGCUAAUGAUAUUUAUCGCUGUCAAUGCAAGUAUUUCCUGGCGUGAAGAAUAUUGAUGAACAUUGUACGGCAGCCGUUCUGCCCGCCCCAGGAGACUAGCCUAUGAUCUCAGAGCGCGGAGGACUGUUUGUGAGGGGAACAUUAGCUACAAUUACAUUGACUUUACGUAAGGAAAAGAAAUCCGUGCAAGUACAUCACUCCCAUUCUAGGCCGCAGGAGGGGAGAGAUGACCCUGGUCCUGUCCAUGAAUCCCUUCUGCGAGCACGAGGGGGACGCGCCACUCCCACAGUACCAGCCCAUCUGGGAGUCCGAGCGCUGCAGCAAGAGCUGCGUGUCCAGCCCGUCGCCUCCGGAGGGCGCCACCGAGGAGCUGGCCGAGGCGGAGCCUCACUGCAGGAGAGCCCCUGACCAUGUGACCAUGUCAAGGAUCGCCUACUUUAAGCGAAAGUUCGUGGAGGACGAGGAGCCCCACUUGAGCUUCAGGAGCUACUGCCAAAGCGUCGCUCCGGCGCUAGAGGAGCGCGCCCACGUCCUGCGCCUGUCCCUGGAGAAGAUGCGCUUCAUCGACGACCCCGAGGCCUUCCUGCGCCGCUCGGUGCUCAUCAACAACCUCCUGCGCCGCAUCCGCACCGAGAUCCUGCUGCAGAGCGAGUGGUGCCUGCCCCCGGGCCCCCCCCCUGCCGCCGCCGCCGCCUCCGCCUGCGUCCCGCCGCCGGCCCAGGUGGGGCCCAACCACCCCCCGGCCCCCCAGUCGCUGCGGCCCUGCUUCGCGGCGCCGGGGCCCUACCGCAAGCGCUUCCGUCUGGUGCGGGGCGAGGCGCCCGAGUGCAUCCCGGCCUGCUGCUGCUUCUACGCCGCCGGACGCUACCUCCACUUCCCCUUCUCUGUUUACGAGGGAGCCGCCCCUCACCCGUCCUCAUCGUCCUCUUCCUCCUCCUCAUCCUCCUCCUCAUCCUCCUCCUCCCCCACAGCUUUCCCUCAGCUGCUUCCGGUGGAUGACGGAGAGGGCGACGGAGAGCCCCACUCGCUCUGCCCUGGGCUGGACCUCACGGAGGCGGCCGCCUCGGCCGCCGCCGCCCGGGCGCUGGACUCCAAAGAGCCGCAGAGGAGCAGGCUGAGGGAGCGGACAGUGGCGUGGGACGCCGAGCGGGGACACGGCAGAGCCGGCGAGGACAGGCCGCGAGAGAGGGAGCGCGGGAGGGAGCGCGACAGGGAGCGAGAGCGAGAGCAAGAGAGGGGAGGAGGAGGAGGCGCAGAGGCGUUGUCAGGUGUGGCGGCAGGGAGCAACUCGCGCUGGGGCCUGGACGCCAUGGAGACGGGCCUCCACGGGGCGUUGGCGUGGAGCCAGGCGGGACGGAAAUAG